UCCCUUUAAAAUUGUGUUUUGGGACUUCUGUAUGAGCUUUCGUAACGUUCGGUUGUGUGACAGUUCAGUGUGGAAGUGAUAAUUCAAAAAAAAACGCAGGCGACAAAAACAAAAUAGGAACUACAUAAUAGAGCUACAGAAAAACAAGAAGAAGGACAAGGACCACAUAGGACCAAAAAAAAAAAAAAUAGAUCUGAAGUUGACAGGACACCUGGUUGUGCAUUGCCUUGAGCAAGACGCGCAUAACCAAUAACAUGUACUGGGUAAAUGAUUAAAAAAAAAUCGAAACCCAAAAAAAAGGAAGAAGAAGAAGAAAAUUGUGUUUUUUUAACUAUUUAUCAUUAUUGCACAAUAUAAGAUCUCAGCAGAUACAGCUUUUUACACACCAUGGAGAAUUAAUACCCAUUCUCAUUGAGUCGGUUUUUAGAAAAUUUGAUCAUUUUUCUACAUUAACAUUGAGGCCCUUUACAGUUAGUUAUGGAUCAAUUCUACAAUUCAGAAAAUUUCUCUGUGGCACAGAGAAAAGAAUCUUUUAACAGAUGGAUUUCCAACCCUGCCAGUCAACAGAACUGUGAUGACAUAUUAAGCAAAUUAAAUGCACAAAAUAAUCAUGAACGAAUAUUUUAUGUGGAGGCUUUAAUAUAUUUUAAGAAAACUAAUAUAUUGUAUGAGAUUUUGAAAGAAGGUAACCAGUUAUUUACAACAAGAAUUGUAAAAGAAAAAUGGUUUUUAGAAGAAGCUUUUCAGAACUUAUCUGCGGAAGAUUUAGUUAAUAAAAUUCUUCCAUAUUUGUCGUUUAUUGUAAGAAAAAAAUGCCUUAAAAAACUGUCACUUUGUUGGCCCCAGGAAAAAGUUGAUGCAUUAUAUGAUGCCAUACACAACAGAUACGGUCUAACUGCAGCUAUUCCAAUAUUACAUAAGUGCUCUUUAGUCAAACUAGAAGCAGUUUUAAAAGAAAAUGAGAUAAAGUUAAGACCAAAUCAAAUAAUUCAAUUGUUCGAAAAUAAUGAAGACAUGUUUAAACUGUACAUAGAUUAUCAUAAGACUGUUUUACAAUCUAUGUAUUCAGAGAAAAAAGUGAUUGAUUACAUAGCCUUAAAAAAGCCAGCCUUACUUUUGGAAUUGCAAAAGCUUGGAAAGCUCAAAGUUGGCACCUUAGGAAGAAGAACUACAAAACGUGUUAUACCACUGAAAAUAGAAAGCUUGCAUGAGGAUGGCAAUAAAUACAUUGAUAUUUUUAAUAAGCAAGUGAUGGUAAAAAAAUUGGGACAUAAAUUUCCAAUUGUAUUUAAUCAAAUGAUACCAAAUGGUUUUCCACAGGUAUCAGCUGGAUCUAUCCAGUUUCCAGAUAGUAACACUCACAAAUACAAAAAUCUUUUAAAUAAAUAUCCUAAGAAGCUACGAUGGCUCCUAUUCCAUCACAUAUACUUCGGAAAAUUUCCCAAUAAUACAGAAGAAAACCUGCUGCUUGGUUCUUCUGCAGACUUAAUAAGACUCCUUUGUCCUCCACCAAAUGUUGUUCUAAAAUGGGCAAAACUGAAGUAUGAAAUCGAGGAAGAAAAUUCCUAUCUUCAGUUCUUCCCUUCAGAAGAAUAUAUUAGAAUGAUGAAAAAGACUAUUGCUUCUACCAAGGUCUCUCGUCGCCGAGAAGAACAUUUGUUUUUCCUUAUUGACUGUUGUGGAGAAACGAAAGAUUUGAAUGCAUUAGAGGAGGUUUUAAAAUAUCUAGUAGAUGAGCAUAAAUUAGAACGUUCUACUCUACUGAGCCAGUUAAUCAGUGCAGUUACACGUAAGUUCAAACCAGAUACCUUGCAAGAGAAACAUUGGGAAUAUAUCAACAAGUUGUGGAAAAUUAUAGCAGUUUCUGACGACUAUUCAAUGUACAAUUCACGUGAAUAUGGAUAUUAUUUACAAUUUUUAUUUAAGAGUGGAAAGUGUCAUAAACAAGCUAUAAAUGAUUUGAUUCAUGCAGUAUUUAAAAGUAACUUUUGGCACCUCAUUGAUAUUGAAGAUGAAUCAACAGAAAAGGAGAUUUAUACGGAAUUUUGCAAACAGCUCUCUGAAGUAAACUUGGAACAAUAUACUGAAUGGUGUGAAAAAUUUUGUUACGGAAUAGCGCUCAUCAUUAGAUUAUGUUUGAAAUCACCAAAAAAAUCACCUAUAGACUUAAGACAGUGUCAAGUAUUACAGAAAUAUGUUGAUUCUGUACUAGAAAAGCGUGAAUUAAAUAGAUAUACAGCAGAAUUAUUAGGCCUUGUCGCUAUGUACAAUCAGACUUUUCCUGAAUAUGCUUUAAAUACUGACAAUGCAGCUCUAUUAGAUUUAUGUAUACAGUGUAUAACUAGUGAUGAGUACAAAUGGUAUGUGGGUGAGAUGUUAUCUUCUAUUGUUAAUAAAAAAGACCGCGAUACCUUCGCUAAUGAAUUACUUGUUCAGUUUCUGACAGUUUUAUAUAAAGAUUGUUCGAAUAGCAAUGUCAUGAAUUGGUUGCUUAAACAUGAACCAAAAACUCUUAUGCCGUAUAUUGAUUCAAUAUUGAUACAUUGCUUCGAGGCACCUUUAAACUAUGAGUUCGAUAAUAAAAUUUUGAAAUUAUAUUCCCAUGUAGGAUUAGUUGAAAAAGUAAAGAAUUGUUUCUUUAAAAUUAAUGCAGAACUAGGUGAUGGCGAUACAAACAAAAUUAGCAGUUUUCUGUUAAUGGUGUACCCUUUAUUCACCCCAGAUGAAAUUAUUAGUAUCGUUGAACAGAAAUUCGUACCUCAAGAAGAAAAAUUAAAUCUUAACGAUAAAGAAAUGUGUGAUAAAUAUAAGGGUAAGUGUGAUAUUGCAAAGAUAUUGGGAGACUUUGAUGAAGCGUAUAAAAUGUUACCUACGAUCAUGAAAUUUGUUAGAGGUGAUUAUUUGCAGUCCGCUUUGCCAGCAUUAUAUAAAGCUUUUUAUAAAUCACCUGAAAGAUUGUUGUAUUCUUAUGUUCAUCAGCUGGCCAAACAAGCUGUAUCUGCUAAAAAACACGCAUUGCAUCUUAGCUGUGCAGUUUUGAACAACGAGCAAGUAGUUAAUAUGCUGCAAACGACAAAGAACGUGAAUGUGUCAAGUCAGAAAUAUUUCUUUACUGCCAUGUCAAAGUAUUUCGUGAAAAAUCCAUCUGAAGUCGUAUUCGACAAAUUUAUAGAAAAUCUAAAAUCAGUUGGUAAAUAUGAUUCUGAGACUUUAAAUAGCUUGAUUUCUUUAUCAGUACCAAAAAAAUAUAAAAGCAAAUACAUUGAAUGUUGCUGGUAUUUUAUUGAAGGUUUGGAACUUGCUCAGUCUAAGAAAAAAGAAUAUCUUGAUGGGUUCCUGUCUUAUAUAACAAAGUUUAGUAUAAAUAGUCUUUCAUGGGAGCUUGUCACGUAUAUUAUUAAUAAAUAUUUUGUUAAAGAAGCUCCAAUAAGCCUUGGCAAUAUUAAUAAUUUUGUAAUUAAAGCAUUAAAUGACGUAGAUCAAAUUAAACUGUUCAAUUUGGUACUCGAUAUAUUAAUCACCUUGAACCGAAACUCGACGUACUCAUUUUUCAAUGCAUUCAUUACUUCUGCUGUAGAGAAAACUAUCAAUAGGAAAUGUGUUGACACAUUUUCUGAACUAUGGUGUAAUAAAUUUGAUCGUGUUGAACACCUGCAAUCCCAUAUUGUAUUGAAAUUACUUAAACUGAUAUUGGACUAUCACUAUGUUGAUGAUUUUGCUCGAAGCAUUUUUGAGUAUAUGGAGCAAUUGAUAUCAGAAUUGGGUCCUUUAGUUUUGGACAUUUUUAGAGAGCAAGUUACGGACAUAUUAAAACAUAUACCGGAUAUAGAUCUGCCCACAUUCUAUUCGAAGAUUUUGGUAUGUAAAACUGAUGUCAACACUUGUGUAUUUGUUUUAGAAGCGCUCCAAAAUAGUGACAAAACAAAACCAAUUGAUUUGGUUGAAUACGAUGAAGUUAUACAAAUACUUAAAAACGUUGAUAUUCCAAUUGUGAUUGCCUUAUUUAAUUCCUGGAUUGUAUCGCAUAUGUAAGAAGUAACCUAAAAACAAAUGACGUGAAUAAUACACUCACCGGCACGAAAAACGGAGCACUUGCAUUUUUAAAAUAAAACCUUAAAAUUUUAAUUCUCUUUAAACUUUUAUUACUAUAAUAACGUAAACACAAACGAAACAAACUGUUUUAAGUAAUUUCUAAUAAAAAUUUAACUUUUAAACAACGAACUAUUUCAGUAGAUAACAAUUUAAAACUCAAGGAAAAAAACGUAAGUAAAUGUUGUAACAAAAUUACGCUCAAUUAAUGAAAACUUAAAUCAUGUAUCCGGACAAACUGAUUUUAAUAAUCUAUGUUUCCUUCACUUGCUCGAAUUAUUGCCUGAAUUCUCAUUGGCAUGUCUAAAAUCAAAUGAGAAAUGUCCUGUUGAGGAAUAAGCUCCCAUUCCUCUAAAAGGGCUUCUUAUAACUAAUUUAAGGUUAAAGGGGCAGGAACACUACUUCGUAUCCUUCGCCCAAGCAUGUCCCAAACAUGUUCGAUUGAUUUUGGGUCUGGACUCAAUGCUGGCCAAUCCAUUACAGGAAUGUUUACUUCAUGUAAAAACUGUUGAGUGAUUCUCGCACUGUGAGGCUUGGCAUUAUCAUGCAUCAGAACCAGAACAAAA